AAAUAUUACUCAAGGGCCAGGCAGGCAGCUGGUUAAGGCUGGGGGCGGGCGAAGACGGGCGCCGAGCGUGCUGGGGGCACCUGGAUGGGGCACCCCGCCCGGUCGGAGAGCGCGGGGCCGGGAAGGCUCCCGGAGGCUCCGCCAGGGCGGGACGCUGAGAGCCGGCACACUCUGUACCCGGAGGCCUAGCCGCGGACCCUAGCGCACCUUCGCGGGGGCAACCGCGUCAGAAACCCCGACCUGGCGUGACUUCCUGCCCGGGAGGCCCCGCGGCCUCGGGCUCUGGACGCGGGCCAGGGAGGCGCCGCUUCGGAGGCGCUUCCUGCGCGCAGCGGGCGCGGGAGGCGCGGGAGGAGCGCGGUGAGCGCACCUGGAGCGCCCGCAGGCCCGGCGGGCGCGCGCGGCGACAUGGAGGACGGCGUGCUCAAGGAGGGCUUCCUCGUCAAGAGGGGUCACAUUGUCCACAACUGGAAGGCACGAUGGUUCAUCCUUCGGCAAAACACGUUGCUGUACUACAAGCUUGAGGGGGGUCGGAAGGUGACCCCUCCCAAGGGUCGGAUCCUUCUGGAUGGCUGCACUAUCACCUGCCCCUGCCUGGAGUAUGAAAACCGACCGCUCCUCAUUAAGCUGAAGACUCAAACAUCCACCGAGUACUUCCUGGAGGCCUGUUCCCGAGAAGAGAGGGACGCCUGGGCCUUUGAGAUAACAGGGGCUAUUCAUGCCGGGCAGCCGGGGAAGGUCCAGCAGCUCCACAUCCUGAAAAACUCCUUCAAGCUGCCCCCUCACAUCAGCCUGCAUCGCAUCGUGGACAAGAUGCACGACAGCAGCAGUGGAAUCCGGCCAAGCCCCAACAUGGAGCAGGGAAGCACCUACAAAAAGACCUUCAUAGGCUCCUCCCUGGUGGACUGGCUCAUCUCCAACAGCUUUUCUGCCAACCGUCUGGAGGCCGUGACCCUGGCCUCCAUGCUCAUGGAGGAGAACUUCCUGAGGCCGGUAGGUGUCCGAAGCAUGGGAGCCAUUCGCUCUGGAGACCUGGCCGAGCAGUUCCUGGAUGACUCCACGGCCCUGUACACUUUUGCUGAGAGCCACAAGAAGAAGAUAAGCUCCAAGGAAGACAUUAGUCUCAGCACUGUGGAGUUAAGUGGCACAGUGGUGAAACAAGGCUAUCUGGCCAAGCAGGGGCACAAGAGGAAAAACUGGAAGGUGCGGCGCUUUGUUCUGAGGAAGGAUCCGGCUUUCCUGCAUUACUAUGACCCUUCCAAAGAGGAGAACCGGCCAGUGGGUGGGUUUUCUCUUCGUGGCUCACUCGUGUCUGCUCUGGAGGAUAACGGCGUUCCCACUGGGGUUAAAGGGAAUGUCCAGGGGAAUCUCUUCAAAGUGAUUACCAAGGAUGACACACACUAUUAUAUCCAGGCCAGCAGCAAGGCUGAGCGAACGGAGUGGAUUGAAGCUAUCAAAAAGCUAACGUGACAAGGAAAUGUGUUCCCAAAGGAACAAGGCAGGAUUCCUCCCUCCUACCAGAUGGUACAGACAGGAUUUCCUGCAGAAUGAGAGUGUGUUAAGACUUUUAGCUUCUUUGGAUAUUUUGUACGGCUUUGCAGUGAGACUGGAGUUCCUUCGCUCACAAUCGGCAGUGGUGCUAUUUCCUUCCCCACCUUCCUGUUAACAGCCUGGAAAUGCUAGGACCGCCGUUAGGCAUCAGCAUCUUGACUUUCACCCAUCCUCACAGCUAGCCAUUCCUCCAGCACCAAAGUAGGUUUCCCUGUUGUAACACUAACUAGCCAUAUUGUAAUACUAAAUAAAACACUAGUCUCAUGUUGGCUUUCUCUGAAAUGCUGUCAAAAACUAACUCCUUCUCUGGAAUUAAUAAAAACUGACACAUUUCUAGCUAUUAGAAUUCCUGUGUGAAGUUUUUAUAGUUUUCAAAGGUUUUUCAUGCUUGAGGCUAGUCAAAUUAUUAUGGAAGAUUAUGAAAACAUCUCAAGUGAUCUCUGUCACUAAGACAUUGCUUCAUAUUAAAAUGGGGAUAGUGGCAAAAUUGUGAACAUUGUUUUGCUUUGAAAAAUAAGCCUGCAUAAGUAUACACUACAGAAAUCAUGGACUCAGUUGGAGAUUAGUCACAAAUACAACAAAGAGUAAAACUACAGCAUUUCUAUGAAAAAUGGCAAUUCAGAAAGACGCACAGCAGGAGCAGCUAAAGGACAGAGAAAGAUGUAAACGGUAAAAUAAUUAGGGAAUGAGAUUUUGGUUUUAAAGUGAACAUUAACUGAGACAUAUAGGUACCAAGAAGCUUCACCAGUUGGGAGGUUAAUCUGAAGUAGUGAAAAGUCUGUAUCAUACAAUAUCUUUAAAAACAUUUUUAUUACUUUCAAGUUUAUACAGUAAUCUGGCACAAGCUACUGCCAGCAUUCUUGCCAAGUACAAGUGCUUUGACUUCCUUUAAUGAAUAGAUAUGUAACUUACAUUUAUGGGGAGUAGAUACUUCCAAAGUGCUUAAGGAAAAAAAUUUUCCUUUUAAAUAGUGUGAACUGUCUCCUCUUAAUCUUGUCUAGAAUACCUAACCUGCACGAUCAGGAAUUCCAAGCUAAUGAGGUUUUAUUUUAUUCCUUACAUUGUAAGAGACUGCCUUUUAAAGCACCAUUUUCCAUUUGGCAUUUCACCAAGGUCUAAUGUCCCUGGAAUUAUUUCUUUAUUGCUCUUUGAAUAUCAACAGGUGUUUACCUAAAUUAAACUGCAUUUGGUGUGAUGGCUUGACUCCCAAAUUGGCACAACGGCACCCUGUUCUGUAUAGGGCUAUCAGAAUCUGUGUGUGUUGAAAAAGUAGAUGGCCAUCACCUUGAGGCAACUCUUGCCAAAGUACUAGUACUUGGAUUUUUAAAAAAUCCCAAACCAUUUUAAUUUAAUGGUUCUUCACACAAAAGUACUAGGUCAAGAGUGUUUGAAAGGAUGGCAGCUGAGUAAUAACCGCAAUGCCUAGCGUGUCUCUGUAGGUUCUCACUAAAUGAGUAUUACCCAUGUACAUACUGGUUGUCUUGUUUUGCUAUAAAACACAGCAAAUGAAAAUGUUCCCAUUUUUUUCUCAGCUACUUUUGACUUUCAGUUACGAUUAAACGAGACCUGAACUAUUGCUGAUUUUCAGCUGUAUGAGUUGAUAACCGCUUUAACGCACAGGCAGAAUGGGGAGAUGAAAUUGUCAAUUUUUAAUGAAAAGUCUUCGUAUGGUGAUCCGAGAUUUGGAUAAACUGGUCAGUUGUCUUUGUCAAUCUGUUCCUCAGGUUACUUGGAGCUGGGUGUGUAGCCUGUCCUCAUAUUUGAAAGUGGUAUUUUUAGGUCAGCAGGUAUGUAUGCUUUAAGUUUAAUUAGGUCUCUCCUUCAUGGUGUCAGUGAGGUAUUAAUCUUUUCUCUGGGAAGGGUCAUAAAUUUUGCAAAACUGUUGUGGAACUGAGCAAAAGGCUUGCAUGGGAUAAAAAUCACUCACCAUGGAGGUCACCAGUAUUUCUCAACGGUUAUGCCUGGAAGUGUAAAAAAUUCAGGAAACAAAGUGGAAGUUAAAUUCAAUUCCCCUGCCUACAACAAACAUUUAAGGAGCACCUGUUAUAUAUUGAGGACAUUCUUGAUGCCACAAGCUUUAUAGACUUGUUU